CCCGCCCACAGGUGAAUUUCUCAUUUUAACAUUACACCCAACUUUCAUUAGCACGUCUUGUUUGUCACAGCAUGGCAGUAAAAAUGUCUCAGCUGGCUGCCUUGGAUGAGCUUAUCUUCUAUGUCAAUGGCAGGAAGAUAGUAGAAAAAAAUGCAGAUCCAGAAGUUAUGCUGCUCUCCUACCUGAGAAAAAAGUUAUAUCUGACAGGCACCAAAUAUGGCUGUGGAGGAGGUGGCUGUGGUGCCUGCACCGUGAUGGUGUCCACAAUUCAUCCAGUCUCUAGGAAGAUUAUGCAUUACCCAGCAACUGCCUGUCUGCUGCCCAUAUGUUCCUUGCAUGGCAUGGCUGUGACCACUACAGAAGGAAUUGGAAAUUCAGCAACCAGACUACAUCCAGUACAGGAAAGGAUUGCUAAAGCUCAUGGGUCUCAGUGUGGAUUCUGCACUCCUGGUAUGGUGAUGUCCAUGUAUUCCUUACUGAGGAACCACCCAGAGCCCACCAUGGAGCAGAUUUCCAAUGCUUUGUCAGGUAACCUCUGUCGAUGUACAGGAUACAGACCAAUUCUGGAUGGAUGCAGGACGUUUGCUAAAGAUUGCUGUAUGAACCGAAGAGAUGGAGAAAAUAUGCUGCCAGAAACACAGAUAACACCAACACUAUUCAAUAAAGAAGAAUUUGUGCCAUUAGAUCAGACACAAGAGCUCAUCUUUCCACCUGAACUGAUGCUCCUUCUGGAUAAACAGAUGAAAAGGAUGGCUGCUUUCCAAGGCGAGAGAAUAAAUUGGUAUUCUCCAGCAACACUCUCCGAACUCUUGGAUUUGAAAACUAAAUAUCCCAAAGCACCUCUUGUAGUUGGGAACACUGCAGUAGGUCCUGAUAUGAAGUUUAAUGGUGUCUUCCACCCAGUUAUCAUUUCUCCAGUAAGAAUCAAGGAUCUAUUUGUCAUUAAUACUGAUAAAAAAGGAAUAACAAUAGGAGCGGCUUGUAGUUUGGCACAGGUGAAAAACAUCUUGAAUGAGAGUGUAAGUAAAGAACCAGAAUAUCAAACCAAGACAUACAGAGCUCUCAUAAAGCAGCUGAACACCCUGGCAGGAGAGCAGAUACGAAAUAUGGCUAGUAUCGGUGGACACAUUAUGAGCAAACAGACAAUAUGUGAUCUUAAUCCAGUGCUUGCAGCAGCAAAAGCCAUUUUAAAUGUUACUUCCAAAGGCGGAACACGACAAAUACCUCUGAAUGAGGAUUUUUUCUCUGGGGAUGGUUCAUCAUCCCUGAAGUCUAAUGAAAUUUUACUUUCUGUUCUUAUCCCUCGUACCCAAAAGGCAGAAUUUGUGUCAGCCUUUAAACAAGCCCAGAGACUGGAGAAUGCUUAUGCUAUCGUCAAUGCCGGAAUGAGAGUACUGCUUAAUGAAAACACACAUGCUAUUAAGGAGAUGAAUAUAUUCUAUGGAGGUAUGGGACCAACAACUGUGUCUGCAAAGAAAACCUCUCAAGCACUUGUAGGCAGGAACUGGGAUGAGGAGAUGCUAACUGAAGCCAGCAAGAUGAUCACGGAUGAGAUUUCUCUCCCAUCCUCAGCUACUGGAGGGAAGGUGGACUAUAGGAAGGCUCUAAGAAUCAGCUUCGUCUUAAAAUUCUACGUAGAAGUAAUAGAUGAGCUGCCAAAUCCAGUUGAAUCUUCCUUGUCGGCAACAAAUGACAAAAUGGCUGUAUCCAACAAAUUAAAAUCCCCUACUUCCUUGUCGGCCCCAGAAUACUUAAGUGCCAUCAGAAAUUUUGAGACUAAAGCACCAAAAACAUUACAGACCUUUCAGGAAGUUGAUCCAAAUCAGCCACCUCAGGAUCCUGUUGGACGCCCAAUAGUGCAUCAAUCUGCUAUCAAGCAAGCUACUGGGGAAGCUGUGUUUGUGGAUGACAUGCCGCCAGUCGCCAAAGAAUUAUUCAUUGCUUUUGUGACCAGUGAAAGAGCUCAUGCCAAGAUUCUAUCAAUAGAUGCUUCAGAAGCUCAAACCGUUCCAGGUUUUGUCGAUUUAAUAAGUGCUGAGGAUGUUCCUGGGAGCAAUGAAUUGGAUGGACAGGGCAAUGUAUUUUCAGGGGAUGUGGUUAACUGCGUCGGUCAAGUAAUUUGUGCUGUAGUGGCAAAUACUCCAGAACACGCAAGACGUGCUGCAGCUAAAGUGAAGAUAAGCUAUGAAAACCUGGAGCCUGUCAUUCUCACUAUGGAGGAUGCAAUAAAAUACAAAUCAUUCUAUGAACCAAUUAAAAAAGUCAUCCAUGGAAAUACUGAAGAGGCAUUUAAAACAGCUGAUCAAAUAUUUGAGGGAGAAAUGCACGUUGGUGGACAAGAGCAGUUCUACAUGGAAACCAACUCUAUGCUGAUUGUGCCAAGAGGAGAAGAUGAGCUAGAUAUGUAUAUAUCAACUCAAGAUCCUACAACUGCACAGCUUGCAGUAGCCAAAACACUUGGUGUACCCUCUAAUAGGAUUGUGUCUCAUGUGAAGAGAGUUGGAGGGGCCUUUGGAGGAAAGAUUACUAAACCUGCUAUAUUUGCAUGUGCCUCAGCUGUAGCAGCACACAAGACAAAAUGCCCGAUCCGUUGCGUUCUGGAGAGAGGAGAGGAUAUGCUGAUUACCGCAGGCCGACACCCAGUCUUUGCAAAAUACAAAGUGGGAUUUAUGAAUGAUGGAAGGAUUGUGGCAGCGGAAGUGAACUUUUAUAGUAAUGCAGGAUGUACUCCUGAUGAAUCCAUUCUGAUAAUAGUGUUUAUAUUACUGAAGAUGGACAAUGCUUACCACUUCCCUAACCUGACCUGCAUUGGCACAGCCUGCAAAACCAACCUACCGUCCAACACUGCUUUCCGAGGAUUUGGAUUUCCCCAGGCCGGCAUGAUCACAGAGGCUAUAUUAGAUGCAAUUGCCUCAAAGUGUGGGCUUCCUCCUGAUCAGGUCAGAGAGCAGAACUUGUACAAAGGUAUAAGCAGGACACAUUAUAAUCAGGAGUUUGACUCCACUAACUUGAUGAGAUGCUGGAAGGAAUGCCUACAGAAAUCUGAUUACUAUAAGAGGAGAGCAGAAAUACAGGAGUUCAACAAACAGAACUACUGGAAGAAGAAAGGAAUAGCCAUCAUUCCUCUUAAAUUUACAGUUGGAUUUAUUGAAAAGGUGUACCAUCAGGCUUCAGCUCUGGUUCAUAUCUAUCGAGAUGGUAAAGUGUUGAUUGCUCAUGGAGGAGUAGAGUUAGGUCAAGGACUUUACACCAAGACCAUGCAGAUUGCCAGUCGGGAACUAAAAAUACCAAUGUCCUACAUUUUUAUCAAUGAAAACAGCACAGCAACUAUUCCCAACUCUAUUCCAUCUGCUGGUUCUAUUGGCACUGAUGUCUAUGGGCUAGCAGUCAAGAGAGCAUGUGAGACUCUUUAUCAGAGGUUAGAGCCAUUUAUUAACCAGAAUCCAAAUGGCAAAUGGGAAGAGUGGGUUCUAGGAGCUUUUUCAGAAAGAAUUAGUCUUUCGGCCACUGGAUUUUACAAAGGAUAUGAUACUUACAUUGACUGGGAGAAAAGUGAAGGUCAUCCAGCCCCAUAUUAUAUCUUUGGAACAGGGUGUUCUGAGAUAGAACUUGAUUGUUUGACUGGAGGCCACAAGAAUCUUCGUACUGAUAUUGUUGUGGAUGUUGGAACCAGUAUAAACCCUGGAAUAGAUAUCGGACAACUUGAAGGUGCCUUUACUCAGGGACUUGGUUACUACACAAUUGAAGAGCUUGAGUACUCACCCCAAGGUGUUUUGUACUCACGGGGUCCUGAUACAUAUAAGAUACCAGCUGUGUGUGAUGUCCCCACUGAAUUAAAUGUUUCCUUCUUGGCCUCCUCAAAAAACCCUCACACCAUCUACUCAUCAAGGGGCCUUGGGGAAACUGCUGUUUUCUUGGGGUGCACAGUGUACUUUGCUAUUAAAGAUGCUAUAAAUGCAGCUCGGGCAGAAAGAGGUUUACCGAAGGAAUAUCCCUUUAACAGCCCAGUUGGUCCUGAAAAAAUUCGCAUGGCAUGUACUGACCACCUAACUAACAUGAUUAAAAAAGAAAAACCUGGAUCCUAUGUUCCCUGGUCUGUGGAUGUGUCUAAAUAACGCUUUUUGUACAAUCCAACUUGGAAAACCGGGAAUGACCUUGAUUCAAUAAAGCUUGCUGGAUAUGCAAGCAAACCUAAUGAUGAUAUAUGGAAAAUAACUCACAGGGAAUAACACUGUUUGACACAGAAGCACAAAUCACUGCUAAAAACUCUGUGUUGAAGCAAAUAUAAAUUGUUAUGUGAUGUUCUCAGAGAAAUUUCUGCCAGUACUUAAGAUGGCAGUGACAAUUGUGAAGUGGGGGAGGGAAAAGAGCUGUUUGAGGGGGGUCAGGGAGGGAUCAGGGGGUAGGAUGUGUUAGGUGGGAGGCUGAUUUCUACACUAAAGCUAAAAUUAACCCUACAAGCUACCUAAUUAACUCCGUAACUGCAUAAUACAAGUGUGGUGCGCAGCAGCAUUUAGCGGCCUUCUAAUUACCAAAAAGCAAUGCCAAAACCAUAUAUGUCUGCUAUUUCUGAACAAAGGGGAUCCCAGAGAAGCAUUUACAACCAUUUGUGCCAUAAUUGCACAAGCUGUUUUAAAUAAUUUCAGUAAGAAACCUAAAGUUUGUGAAAAAGUUUUUGAAAAAGUUGCCGCUUUUUUUUUUUUAUUUGAACGCAUUUAUCGGUGAAAUGGUGGCAUGAAAUAUACCAAAAUGGGCCUAGAUCAAUACUUUGGGUUGUCUACUAAAACAAUAUAUGCAUGUGAAGGGUUAUUCAGGGAUUCCUGACAGAUAUCAGUGUUACAAUGUAACUAUUGCUAAUUUUGAAAAUAAAAUGGUUUAGAAAUAGCAAAGUGCUACUUGUACUUAACGUAUUGCCCUAUAACUUGCAAAAAAAAAAACAAAUAACAUGUAAACAAUGGGUAUUUAUAAACUCAGAACAAAAUUUAGAAACUAUUUAGCAUGGGUGUUUUUUGGUGGCUGUAGAUGUUUAACAGAUUUUGGGGGUCAAAGUUAGAAAAAGUGUGUUUUUUCUAUUUUUUCCAUCAAAUUUUAGAAAAAAAAUUAUAGUAAAUUAUAAGAUAUGAUGGAAAUAAUGGUAUCUUUAGAAAGUUAAUUUAAUGGCAAGAGAAACGGUAUAUAAUAUGCGUGGGUAAAGCAGAAAUGUAAAAAUAGCCCUGGCCCUUAAAGAAAUAAUAAACGCACAUUUUUUCUUUAAUGAUUCAGAUAGAGCAUGCACUUUUAAGCAACUUUCUAAUUUACUCCUAUUAUCAAUUUUUCUUCGUUCUCUUGCUAUCUUUAUUUAAAAAGCAGGAAUGUGAAGCAUAGGAGCCGACCCAUUUUUAAUUGAGAACCCGGGUUAUGAUUGCUUAUUGGUGGGUAAAUGUCAGCCUCCAAUAAGCAAGCGCUAUCCUUGGUGCUUAACCUAAAAUGGGCUGGCUGCUAAGAUUUACAUAAAUGAUUUUCAAAUAAAGAUAACAAUAUAGCAUAGAAAAAUUGAUAAUAGGACUAAAUUAGAAAAUUGAUUAACAUUGCAUGCUCUAUCUGAAUCAUGAAAGAAAAAAUGUGGGUUCAGUGUCCCUUUAACGGUAAGAAAAUUGAAAAAUGCUCUGGUUACAUGAAUCUUGGUCAAUAUGUUUUCUUUUGCUGUUUUUAUGUCAAAUUAGCAAUGAAUAUUAGUUUAAUACUUCUUCUAAAUCUUUGGACUAAAACACAAUUUAUAUAAAUUCUGUAUCAUCAAAGAAAUAACUUGUAGCAGCCUUUAUCUUUGUGAUAUACGAGAAUUUAUUGCUAAACUGUAUUUCUUGGUUCAAUAAAAAUGCUUCAUAUGUGA